UUCAAAAACGUAAUCAAAGUAGUGAGACUUGUGGAAUUUAAACUUUAUUGUACUUUGUAGGCCUACAGUUUAUUCAAAACACGCAAUGAGCUGUAGUUCGGUGGACACCUCUGUUCGCUCCCUGUUGCAGCGUGCUUAUCUCUGUAUAGAACAGGGUACAUCCGCUAAUCAACAGAGUCUUGAGGAUGAAGUCGAGCUUGUCCACAGAUAUCUGAGCAAGAACGAUGCAUGGGAGGGUGUCACUAUGUCACAAAACAAGGAGCUUCUGCUGUGUCUUACUGACAUCACGAUCAAUCCUGGGAGUGAAAUAACACUACUUGAGAAAGUGAUAAGGCUCCUGCUAGGACUCAGCAAGAGUACAGAAGUUGUCAAGGAACUCCAAUCACUGCAGCUCUGCUCAAUCCUUGCUCUCAAAAUCACGCAGCAUCCACCGACAGAGGAAAUUCUUGAAUUGUGUCUUAGAUUACUUGCCAAAAUCUCGUACAAAGAUACUCAGGGCAUCACAUGUGUGGCCGAACUUAUAGACACACUGGCAUCUUUCAUUUUAGCAGAAGAAAGAUUACAGGUCAGUUUGACCAUCCUUGCAAAUCUGACAAGUAACUACAAGGUUGCAAGCACAUGUAUAAAGAAACUGGGAAACAGCAGAGCAGUGAUUAAGAAGUUAAUUAUCCUCCUAUCAAAUCAGCCAAGCUUUCUGGUCGUUCUUGCACAGUCCAUAUUGACAAACGUUUGUUUGUGCUAUCCGGAGCUUGGUGAAACGUGGUUCAGAACGAGCCGUAACGUCGGUCAGACCGUGCAGAUAGUAUUCAACGUGGUUCUGCGUGGCGACAAUGAGCCAGAGCUGCAGCACUACGCCGUAGACCUGUUCAUGACCGUGCUGCGCUCGAACAACCUCCGCCACUACCUGGACACAGCCACUCCAGAGCAUAUUUCUCAUUGUUUGGAUGAGGCAACUCGUAGGCUUUCAUCUCUGCCACAUGAUUCUGCCACGAGAGUACUACAGCUACUAUUAGCUCUUUGUGAACUAAAAGCUUCAAGAGAAUAUCUGUACAAGAUAUUUGGUGUAUCUGGUCAGAAGCAAGACCUCACACUCACUCCGUUAGUGAGCCUGAUUUCGCUCGCCUCUGACCCUAGUGCUAGUACCUGUGACAACACAUCUCUAUUGGCCUUGGACAUGUUGCGAAAACUCAUGAAGGAAGCUUGUAAAAAACCUUCCAGAAUGCACUCGUCCCUUUUUCAGUCAAGUUAGCAUUCUCUGCACAGCGCUGAUGGCAAAUGCAGUUGCAAGCUCUCCAAGUUGGCAGAGCUGUAUACGUCUACUGCUGUUACU